UCAGCUCGAUCACAUCACUCUGUGGAUCAACAACGCCGGGGUGACGCAACAGCCACAUGCCAAGCUUAUGGAUACAGAACCUGAUGAGAUUCGAAGAGUAGUAGAUACCAAUCUCGUGGGCACUCUCUUGGGUAACCGGAUUGCGUUUAAGACAAUGCUUGCGCACCCCGACCCCAGUGGUGCUACGACUCACGUUUUCUCAAUGGACGGUGCUGGGUCGAAUGGCAUGGUGACGGCUAACUUUGCUACGUAUGGAGCAUCCAAGGCAGGCAUGAACCAGAUCCGGAAGACACUCUGUGCUGAGAUGCAAGGGACAAGCGUUGGCGUGCACAUGCUGUCGCCCGGCAUGGUCACCACCGAACUUCUCCUGAAGAGUAACAACGGGGCAGAGCUGGACGCGUCUACGAAGAAAAUAUUUAAUAUCUUGGCCGAAAGACCGGAGACUGUGGCGCCCUGGUUGGUGAAGAAAGUAUUGGACACUCGCGGCUCUGGCAAGUACCACAAAUACCUCACCACCAAAGGUGUUGUGUGGAGGUUCAUGACUGCUUUCAUGCGGAAGAAUCGUCUUAUACCGGAAGCGCCGGGAGGGGGACUAAAGAAGUCACAGUAAGACUCGUAGAAAGGCAUUUACAAACCCAUAACGCGUUGCUAAUUAAUGAGUCAUAGUAGUGAAUCGCGAACUCGGCACGUUUUGCCAUGGACCUAUCGAGAUGAAAAUGGUAUAAUAUGAAGAAAAUUGGCUUCAUUAGCAAUUUAGUUGCUACGCAAUUGAAACCGUUGUACGCUGCCGUAUGGGUACGAGGCAUAAAGACUAUGCUUUCAGCGCUACAACGGGUCAAUCACGCGCAUGGGUGUCCAAAAUUUUGGAGUGCCCCA